CAGCAUGGCGGCCGCCUGGGCCCCCGGGCCGGCUGCUCCGGAGGCGGUGGCCGCCCGUCUCCUGGGCGUCCUGUGGCUCGUGUCGCUCCCCACGGGCCCGUGGGCAGCCGCCGCCGCGUCCAGCAAGGAGACGAUUAAGUGCGAGGAUCUCAGAGUGGGACAAUAUAUUUGUAAAGACCCCAAAAUAAAUGAUUCGACCCAAGAACCAGUUAACUGUACAAACUACACAGCUCACGUUCCCUGUUUUCCAGCACCCAACAUAACUUGUAAGGAUUUUGGUGGUAAUGAAACACAUUUUACUGGAAAUGAAGUUGGUUUCUUCAAGCCCAUAUCUUGCCGAAAUGUGAACGGCUAUUCCUACAAAGUCGCAGUUGCACUGUCUCUUUUUCUUGGAUGGUUGGGAGCAGAUCGGUUUUACCUUGGAUAUCCUGCGUUGGGCUUAUUAAAGUUUUGCACUGUUGGGUUUUGUGGAAUUGGGAGCCUAAUUGAUUUCAUUCUUAUUUCAAUGCAGAUUGUUGGACCAUCAGAUGGGAGUAGCUACAUCAUAGAUUAUUAUGGAACCAGACUCACAAGACUGAGUAUUACUAAUGAGACAUUUAGAAAAACACAGUUAUAUCCAUAAAUGUUUUUUUUUUUUUCAGAGAAACAGUGAGAGGAUUUGGGCCGCCUUGACCUGCAUCCAGAUGCUCAGUAUGCGUGGAGUCCCAGGUUUUCCUCUUCGUCCUUCUUCGUCUGCCCCCUCACGGAUACCAUGAUUACUUCAAAUCAUAUUAUUCGAAGAUCUAUUUAACAGGACUUUGGGGGGAGUGCUCCAUGACAAUAGAGUCUGUCUUCAGCUGCUGUCUCUGUGAGACAGAGAGUUAUUACCUUGGUAUCCUUUAAUGUCUUUUCCAAAGGCAGGUAGCCACUUGUCAUUUUGGCUUCUGAAUAAUAAAAGUGUGACUUAUU